CGCCAGUGUCCUACCGCCAUGUGAACAGACGAAGAAGAAGAUGGCCGUGGUAAAGAACCCGGAAGUGUGUGGUUGAUUUAAAGCGCAGAAGAAGAAGCUCCACGUGAGAAACAAAAUGCCUCCACCCGGAGGAAAAAUCAACAGACCCAAAACUGAACUCGGUAAGAAGCUGUUCAAGCGGCGGCGGGUUUUAGGUCGAGAGAAGAAGAAGAAGCGUCAGAUCGUCGGCGCUGUGGUCGAUGACGGUUUGAUCACCAUCCAUCACCUGAAGAAGAGGAACUCGAGUCCGAGGGCGAACAUCACUUUGUCGGGGAAGAAGAAGCGAAAGCUGCUCAAACAGCUGAUGCACAUGCAGCAGGACAAGGCCACGAUGGAAGUGGAAGCAGCAGCUCCACCACAGAAGAAGAAGCAAGACUCGUCUUCAGCUCCACCACAGAAGAAGAAGGACGACUCGUCUUCAGCUCCGACACAGAAGAAGAAGAAGGCGGCGGCGGCGGCGCAGGGACGUCAGGGGGACGUAGAGAUGUUCGAUACGGAGUGAGGACUUGUUGAUGUGGGACAGUCGGGACGAAGUCGACCAUGAAGUCAUGUGAUCGAGUCUCAGGACAAACGAGUGAAGAUGUUUCUGAAGAAGUUUGAGUCCCACGAGGACAGAAACGUAUGGAAGCUCAUUUCUGCCCCAAAACGAAGAAGUCGCUGCUCGUGAUUAUCGAUCCAGAUUCUUUAACCGUGACUUCUUCAUCGCAUCACUGAUCACAUGACGUUAUAUAAUGUAAACAAUUUUUUAUCAAUAUCAACUUUUGUUUCUAUCAUUUGUGGAGAUCUGUUGAAAAUGUGUUUCGCUGACGAACCUUGAACCUGUGAUUCGUCUUCAGUUCAAAGUUCACACUCUUCAGAGCUUCAGUGACGAGCUGUGAACUCUGAGCUUCAGAAGCUGUUCUGCUCUUCUAGAGAUUCAAGGUCUCGGUUCAGAAAAUACAGUUUCUAUGUUUAUCUGUUCUUUAACUGUCGGACACCGUUUCAAAAUAAAAGCGCUCGGGUGUU